UUUGCUGUAGUUUUUUCCUUCUUCCACUAACCUAAGAUUGAGUCCCUGAAAUAUGAUACAGCUUGGCAGGGGCUGAUAAAAUACUUGGCUUGUCAAAUGGAGGUUGAAUGUAAAGUCUAACUUUUUUUCAACAUCAUAAAAAAAAAAGAAUUCUUUUGUGAAUAUCCAACCAAAUUGCAUCCAUUUGCUGCCCCAACUGCAACACGCUGAAUAUCGGAUGCUUGCAGACGGGAUACAUUUCUCUGUCUCUCUUUAAUGAAAGACAGCCAUGGAACAUUCUGAAAGGCUUCUCACAGACAAUUCUCCCCGUUUUCUUCCAGCAGACAGUUGGAAAAGUCAUAAAUAUCAAUGUAUCCUGAGCUUCUUGUGCAUUUUCCCACUAGUUGUUCUACUGGCUGCUCUCAGACAUCCGCUUGGAAAAGAAGUUUCCAAAAUUCAGGAAGUGGCUGUAGCACCGAGUUUUCCAAAUGGCAUUACCCCGCCUUUCCGAGGUCUCGUUUUCCCACCUCAUCCCCAUCUGAGGAAGAAACGCUAUACUCUCACUCCAGGGCACCUGAAAUGGGACCACUUCAAUCUGACAUACAAGAUUCUGUCUUUUCCCAGAAACCUCAUCAACGAGAGCCAAACGAGGAAAGGCUUGACUACUGCUUUCCGCAUGUGGAGUGACGUCUCUCCUUUCAGCUUUCAGGAAGUGUUGCCAAGUGCAGCCAGUGACCUGACAAUAGGCUUCUAUUCCAUAAACCACACAGAUUGUCUGGAGUCCCAGAUCCAUCACUGUUUCGACGGCACAACAGGAGAACUGGCCCAUGCCUUCUUCCCACAGACCGGCGAGAUCCAUUUUGAUGACCAUGAAUACUGGAUUGUGGGGGAGACAAGGUUUAGCUGGAAAAAAGGGGUUUGGCUUACUGACCUGGUGCACAUCGCGGCUCAUGAAAUUGGCCAUGCCCUUGGCUUGAUGCACUCCCUGGAUCCAAAUGCCCUCAUGCACCUCAACGCGACGCUGACUGGGAAGAACAAAAUCUCACGAGAUGAGAUGUGGGGGAUCUUCCGGCUUUAUGGUUGUAAAGACCGGCUCUUUGUAUGUCCUUCGUGGACUCGGAAAGGCUUCUGCAAGAAACGGACAAAGCUGAUGAAGAAGCAUUGUCCGUACAGCUGCGACUUCUGCUUGGAUUUCCCUUUCCCAACUGUGGCACCAACUGCACUUCCUCCAAGGAUGAAAACAAGGGCUGUCCCAGAGGGUAGGAAUGUCACCUUCCGAUGCGGGCAGAAGAUCAUUCAUAAAAAGGGCAAAGUUUAUUGGUACAAAGAUAAAGAACUCUUGGAAUAUUCCUAUCCGGGGUACCUCUCGUUGAACGACGACCACAUGAGCAUCAUAGCCAACGCAAUCAACGAAGGCACCUACACUUGUAUUGUCAAGAAAAAGUCGAAGAUCCUCACUACGUACUCCUGGAGAGUCAGGCUGAAGCAGUAGAGGGGAGGGGUGUUUUGCAGGAACUUUGGACUCCUGGCAACCAAAUAUCUAAUCUGCAAAGCACACACAUCCCUCCCCUGUAUGUCACUCAGCUAACUUGUUGGGGAUGCUGGAAUGUCCUCAACCAGACAGAGUCGCUUCUUCUAAAAGAAAAAAAAAGUGUAUGGACAAUUAGAAAAGUUUCCCUUGUAGCCAUCUUCUUGACUAUAGAGAUGGAGAUAGCAGGGCUAUUUUUUGGUUGUUUGUUGGCUUGCCGCUGUGAUGUUACUGUUGACAGAAUGGAAAGUUAUUCCUUAAAAACUACGCUGGACUGGGCUGAAGUGCCAGCCGGUUUCAGAAUCUGAGGCUGACGGAGACACCGGGAUAUUCAUUUCCACGUCUUAGCUAUCAGUUUCUUUCAACGUGAGCCAAGAUGGCCUCAAUUUGAACCGUCUCAGCCUUUGCUUUGUUAAGUGGCCUUAGACGUUCAGCCUCUCGAUUUGCAGCAUCGCUUCUGCUAAGAAUGCAGAAAUACCUUAAGGGAGCAUAAGAAAAGUUAUGGCGAUCCUUGCUAGGAAACGCUCUGAACCGCUUUAAGGUGCUAAGUAACUGUUCAUUGGAACAAUUGUCCUGCCUGAGCCUUUAAAAUACUGUAAAUGAUAGUUAAGCCCUAGAGGUACCAAAGGUGCAAAGGAACUUUAGUGCAUGUUGAGAUGCAUUCCUUUCUUGGUUCCACUCCAACUGCAAAAGCUUCUUUAAAAAAAAACAAAACCUCUUAUCUUCAGCUUCUGGAAGGCUGUGGGGCUGCGUAUGAUCUUUGCCAGUAAAUGACUGCCAUUCUGGUUUAAUAAAGUGCUUCCUCCA